UGACAUCUGAAAGGCAUUCACUCCACCCAAGAUCUCACAAACCAAUCCCAUAUUCAAUUAUUUGUAUAACCAACCAAAAUACCAAUCGCAUAAUGAGAGAGACUGCCGAAAUGAAAGUAGACCCAACCAGAGCCAGCGCCCUCAUCUCGCAAUUACAGGGCGUCAAAGAUAAAAUCGCCGCCGUUGCCAAGGGGCGUCCUGUACGACUCGUAGCAGUCUCCAAACUCAAACCCGCGAACGACAUCCUCGUCCUCCAUGAAGCCCCUGAGACAAAACAUCUCCACUUUGGGGAGAACUACUCGCAAGAACUGACCCAAAAAGCCGAGCUCCUCCCCAGGACGAUUCAAUGGCACUUCAUCGGCGGUCUUCAAUCAAAACACACCAAAAACCUCGCCAAAAUCCCCAACCUCUUUUGCGUCUCCAGCAUCGACACCCUCAAAAAGGCUGAGCUCCUUGACAAGUACCGCGAUGAUCAAAUUGCUGCAGCGACCAACCCGGAUAUUUUCGGCAAGAUCAAAGUUCAUGUGCAGGUCAACACUUCGGGGGAAGAGUCCAAGUCGGGAUGUGCACCAGGGCAGGAGACAGUGGAGCUGUGCAAGAAGAUCGAGAAUGAGUGCCCAAAUUUGGAGUUGUUGGGGUUGAUGACUAUUGGAGCAAUUGCACGGAGUAGGGAAACGACACCGGAGAAUGAGAAUGAGGAUUUUCAGGUGUUGAGGGAGCAGAGGGAUUUGGUGAGGAAGGAGCUUGGGUUGGGGAAAGAGAGACUGCUGGAGUUGAGUAUGGGGAUGAGUGAGGACUUUGAGGGGGCGAUUGCGAUGGGGAGUGAUGAGGUGAGGGUGGGGAGUACGAUUUUUGGGGUGAGGGGGCCGAAGAGUGAGGCUGUUGUUGUUGCUUAGGGGGGAGGUGUAUGGGAUGGGAUGAUAUAGCGAGUACAUACUUACACCAACAUGGGAUGAUUGUUGCGGCCAUUAUUGGAUGGUGAAGUUCACACGUUAGGACUCAGGGGUACAGCUUGGAUGGGAUGAUUCUUCUGUAUUGGGGCAACGGAAGACCGGCAGCGUCGAAAAGAGCAGGAGGCCGGCCAUGUUGCAAAAAGGGGAAGCUUUCCCGAGCUCAGUGAGCAUAUUCAUCAGAGGAACAUGAUAACGUGGGAAGCUGCGUGGCUGCAUGACGUUCAGGGGUUGCACCCAGCAAGACAUCCCUCUCGUCCUCGAAGAGGCCUGCGCAUGACAGAUGGUGAUGAUAGUGUAGAUACCAAGCACCCAAGCAGGUAUGCUUUGACCCUCGCCACCAGAAUAUCUACCUGCCUAGUAGCGGUGCUUGCAU